UUCGGUUAAAAUUAUACUAGAUCGGCGAACGGACUUGGGUUUUCCCAUGCCUUUACCUGGUUGAUAUAAAUAGAAUUUUAAGCCAGGUAUUGGAUUAAAACAAGGAAGUUUUAUUCUUAAGAGUGGAUUUCUAGACAGAUGAGACAAAACAUUGUGUAUGUUCAAUCGGAACGGAUGUGUGUGGACAGUUAAAAAAAUAUAUACAAGGAUUCUCAUCAAGACGAGAAAAAUUAACUCAAUUGUGAAUCGAAAUAGAUAUGCACCAUGAUUGAAGCGGUGGCACUAUAUUUUGUGUCGGAAGACUGUGGCCCAUGGGCAAAUUUCCUGAAGACAAAAUUGGGAGAAAAAGCAUACGACAUUCGUGUCCAAGAUAUUGAGGCUUCUAGUGUAUCAGAAGAUCGAGAAAACUUUAAAGCUAACAUAAUCUUGGUGAGCCCAGCUUUUCUGGAGUUGCCAACUUUUGAACAUUAUUGCUCGUUUUCGGACAAACAAUCAUUGGUUGUGUUGCUUGGAGUUGAUGAACAAGAGUUUGAAGAAACCAUAAAAUCAAAAGGAGCUGAAAACAUCUUGGGAUUUCCUUUAUUUGAAACCGAGGCAAACGAGAGUUCAGUGAGAUGUCUAUUGGUAGAAAUUAUAGAUCUUUAUGAAAGAAAUGUUGCUCUUGAGGAACUUGUGCAGCCCCAUCCCAUCCCUGGUCAUUUGUCAAAGACGAGAGAAAGUGACAAUAGUUUUGAUAGUGAAUGCGAUUAUUAUGACUAUCCCCCGCCCCCCAGACUACUACCUAACCUUCAAUUACCCUCGGCAAACGAACUGCAAAAGUUCAUCUACAGCGAGAAGGACAGCAAACUAUAUCUACUUAUGGAAAGAAAAGACGAGGAAAAUAUUCUCGUACAGGACGAAAAUAGACCUGAUACUUGCGUUCAAAGCAAAUACCUGGGCAAAGCUUUAUAUGAAGCUUCCUUAACAGAUGAUUUCGAUAAGACACAUGGCCUCAAAAUAGUGACAACAAAGAGGAGGAAUGUAGAGACAAUUCGAAUUGAACCGUCAUCUAAAUCAGCAUCACGUGAUAAACUUUCUCAAAUUCAGCAGCUGCUCAAUGAGGAGUUAGAACCAUUAACGGUUCUAUGCAAAGCUUUAAGACUGCCUGAAAUAUCACGCUCUUGUCUCGACUCGUUUUUGGCGGAAAAGUGUUCGAACUUUAAAAUGUUUGAUACCCUGAAGAGUUUGUCUUUAGAAGAAAAUCUUGGUGAAAAACAUUUGGAAGGAAGCAAUUGGCCCACGUUGUUGCAUUUUGGUGCUGAGUUUGGACUAAAUUCGUUUUGUGAUGAACUAUUACGGGUUCCAGGGAUGGACAAACUUUGUCACGUGACCAAUGCUCAGGACGAGGCACCUGGUCAGUUGGCUCGAAAUCGCGGCUUCCUACAAUUAGCUGAAAAACUGGACAUGCUUACCGUAACCCAAAGAGAUAAGCGAAACUCGCCAGCAAAUAAGGAUAGCGGCAUUAGUGACAUGCACACUUCUGCCUAUAGUCAAGUUUCUGAUACAAGUUCGUAUGCUCCCUCGCAUCGAGCAGUCGAUAGUCUAUUGGAGGACGAAACGUAUCAAAUGCCUCCUCCGACACCCCACCAACACCCUCAGCAAUAUUACAUAAAUUCCAACCCGAUAUCGAAAACAUCAGAAUCCCCGCCCCCACCUCCCCCAAAGAUUAAAAACUCGCCGCUGCCUUGUCGACCUCCACCUGCCAUAGAAAGAAUGUCUAUAGACUCUAUGACUUCCAUAGACUCUAGGACUUCCGUGGAUUCUAGAACUACCAUAGAUUCAGUAACGACCGUAGACUCAAGCACUACCUUGGACUCCUCAAGCAUCUCGCCGAAUUCACGAAAUUCCAUUCAAUCUUGCUCGUCUUCCGGAAGUGACGCUACAAUAGCAGACUAUGUUGACAUGGCCUCGACUUCAUCUUCUUACAUGGACAUGAGCUCAGUGCAGAGAACCAAUAGUAGAACACUGUCUAAACCUCCUGCAGUUCUUCCCAAGCCGAGGUCGUCUGAUUCCAGUUCAGGGUACGGCGUUACGUCCGAUGAAUCGUCAGAUAGGGGAUCAGAGUACAUGCCGAUGAGUGAGGUACCUCCUCAUAUCAAGCCACCUCAUCCAGAAUCUACACUACACAAGCAGGUGUCUGCAGAAGAUGACUAUAUGAGUCCCAGCGAAGCCAAGACAGGUCCCAAACAUCAUCCAACCUCAUUACCACUAGCAGAAUCUCAUAAGUUUCAUCCAACAUCUAACAUAAAACGCGAGGUUUCAGACCAUUGGUCUAUUCCACCUGAAAUUCCAGAGCAUCAAACCAAAAGGUCUGGAGAUCCUGCCUUACCCCUUUCACAUCAAAACAGAAGCAUGUCAGAGGGGGAUAAUCGGUCUCAUUUUGCGGGACGCAUAGGGUCUCCUUUGUCACCGAGCACGCCGGAAACAGUGUUUGAGAAAGGUCACCCAGUGCUUCAUCGACAAGGAAGGGACAGAAGCGCUAGUGCUUCCCGGAAGGGUAGCUCAGAUGAUGAUAUGGCGAUGAACCAGCGUCAGCAGUCUAAGGGAUUCUUCAGUAAGCUGAAAAAUAAAAUGGGAGGAGGAAGAAAAAUGUCAUGUCCACCAGAAGCAAUAAAAGAAAGUCUAGAUCAAUAUCAUAAGAGAAAUCAACAACAAUUAAAGUCCAGACCCUCAGAGGAAAACAGGGACUCUAAUAUUAGUACUUCUAGCUCUUCCAGUCAUGAAGGUCAAAAUCCAGAUGAAAAUGUUACUGGAGAGGAUCAGCCUGAUGAGCCAGUUAGACAGAGAAAGCCCAAGAAAACACUCUUUGGAGGAAAAAAUAAAGACAAUAGAAACGAUGUGAGGAGAAAAUCAGUGAGAAUUGAUAAAAUGAAGAAGGACAAAAAUCUACAAUUGUUGGAACUUCCUACAAAAAGAAAAUAACAUACAGUCAUUCUACAAAUCUCAAAAAGUGCAAUAUUUUUACAAACAACAUUUUGCAAUUUUAAAAAAGACAUUUUUGUCUAUAUUUAUACUUUUUUAAAAUGUAAAUAUGCAAUGCAUGCAGAAAUGAGUCAAUUUGUUUAGUAUUUGUCUAAUUAUUUUUACUUGUACAUAUGUUGUAAAUUUCAUUCAUUCUGUCUGUUUAUGUCCAUAUCGAUUUUUUGUCUUUUUUCUACAACGCAUUAACUUUUGCAGUAUUCAUGACAACGUUUUAAUGAUUAAUUGCAUUACCCCAUUUACAUGUGAAUUCAGUCAUUUUUUUUAUUUUCUGUGACAUUUUUUGAGAGUUGUAAUUAGUAAUAAUGUACAUACGUUCAUGUUUGAAAAAUCAAAUGCAAAUACUACUUAAAAGUGAUAUUGUUGCAGGAGGCUUGCAACACAUGUGUUACUGUUAUUUUAAUCUUAAUAAUAAAAACUGUUACGAAAACAA